AAUAUAAAACUAGGGUGAUUUUGUGUACAGGUCUGAAUAACAGGAGACACCAUGAGCGCCAUACUCGGUAGGCCCGAUUACCUGGCCUGCUUGGCCAUUGGCACUGCCAUGAAGACGUCAUGCUAUGUUCCAUUGUUGCUGGCGGCUAUAGCCUACUUUAAUUUCCACAAGUACGAUGUAAGAGAUCCAGAAGGUGGUAUUCCCGACAUCGAGGAGUCUAAACUUCUAUCUGAAUACGACUUCAUCGUAGUUGGCGCGGGGUCUGCAGGUUCUGUGGUGGCAAACAGAUUAUCCGAAAAUAGAAACUGGAAAAUUCUUCUACUAGAAGCUGGUGGUGAUGAGACUCAAAUAUCUGAUGUUCCUCUGUUAGCCGGAUACUUGCAAAAGAGUGAAUUAGACUGGCAAUAUACUACAGAGCCCAGUAAAAACUACUGUUUGGCAUUGGAAGGCGGUAGAUGCUGCUGGCCGCGUGGAAAAGUUCUUGGUGGCAGCUCCGUUCUGAACUACAUGCUCUACUUGAGGGGCAACAGAAAAGAUUACGACACGUGGGAAUCCUUGGGCAACAAGGGAUGGGGAUACGACGAUGUACUAUACUAUUUUAAAAAAUCCGAAGAUAACCAAAACCCUUCCUUAGCAGACACUCCUUAUCAUGGUACAGGAGGAUAUUUAACUAUAUCUGAGGCUCCAUAUCACACACCUCUGGUUGAAUAUUUUCUCGAAGCUGGAAAAGAAUUAGGGUACGAGAGUAGGGAUAUCAAUGGUGAAAAACAAGCUGGGUUCAUGAUUGCUCAGGGCACACUUCGAAACGGCAGUCGGUGCUCUACUGCCAAAGCAUUUCUAAGGCCAGUUAAAAACCGCCCGAAUAUCGACAUAUCUUUAAACUCAUUUGUAACUAAAGUGCAAAUAGACCCCAGAACAAAAACCGCAUUUGGUGUCGAGUUUGUCAAGAACAACAAGAUCUAUCGCGUCAGAGCCCGGAAAGAAGUGAUAUUAUCAGCUGGAACAAUCAAUUCAGCUCAGCUGUUAAUGUUAUCUGGCAUAGGGCCAACAGAAGAAUUAAGCAAAUACCGAAUACCGGUAAUUCAAAAUUUAAAAGUUGGCUAUAACUUACAAGACCACGUAGCUGCAGGAGGGAUCGACUUCUUAAUGCAUAAAAAUGCACAGGAAGCAGUUAACGUUGACGUUAAAUCGCUAAGCACUUUAGUGAAUUAUGCCCUUAAUGGGACAGGACCUUUGACUAUGAUGGGAGGAGUUGAAGGUUUAGCGUUUGUUAACACUAAAUAUGCAAACGCAAGUGAUGAUUUUCCCGAUAUCGAGUUUCACUUUCAAACUAGAACUACAAGUUCUGAUAAAGGAAGAGUGUUUAGAUCGAUUCAAGGAAUGCUUGAAGAUUUUUUUAAUGCAGUGGUUGCACCGGUCAACAAGCCGACGUGGUCCAUCAUGCCUAUGUUGUUGAGACCACACAGCAAAGGUCGCAUACAGCUAAGAAGCGCCGACCCCUAUGAUCCCCCCCUUAUAUACCCCUAUUACUUCACAGAUGAAAACGAUAUGGAUAUAAAAACUCUGGUCGAAGGAGUGAAGAUCGUGUAUGCUCUAUCGAAAACGAAGGCCAUGCAGUAUUUCGAAUCAAGAUUUAAUCCCAACAUUUUUCCUGCUUGCAAAAAUGUACGUCGUUACAGUGAUGCAUUUUGGGAGUGUAUGAUUCGGCAGUUUACGGUGACGGUGUAUCACCCGGUGGGGACGGCCAAGAUGGGCCCGUACUGGGACCCCGACGCGGUGGUGGACGACGAACUCCGGGUGUACGGGGUGAAGGCGCUGCGCGUUAUCGACGGGAGCAUCAUGCCCCUCAUGGUGAGCGGGAACACCAACGCUCCCAUCAUCAUGAUAGGCGAGAAGGGAAGUGAUAUGAUCAAGGAAUAUUGGUUAAAGGAGGGAAAGUAA